AUUAUAACGACUUAGUUUUGUUUGGUUCGGCUUUUCAUUAUAACAUGAUUUGUUAGUAUUAUUAAAUUGAGUUCAAGUUAGAUCGUUGGACAAUUCCAGAGCGUUGAGUCAUUAACGAAAUUCAUUGAGGAUAAGAUGGAUUCCAGUCAAAUAUUCAACUCUCCCGUCAAGGUGAAAGAGGAACCUUCUGAAGUGUCAUUUACUGAAUGUGAGGACGAAAUAACUGAGGAGUCAACUGAUUAUAAAAUCGUCCAACUGUUGCCGUUUCGAGAUAAUUUGGUCCUUAGGAUUCCAAGAUGCGACGAUAUGAUGAUUGAAUUCGAAUGUCAAGAUGUAAAGCCCGAUAAGAAUUUAUUGCUACCAAAGAAAAUGGAUUUACACAAAAUUAAAGAAGAACCGAAAGAAAAACUAAAAGAAGAAGUUGUCGACGACAUGGCCGAGGAAUCGAAUUCGAAUUUUGACGGUGAAGUCAAUAACGAUGUUGAAAUUGAAUUCGAAUGUAAAGAUGUCAAGCCCAGUGUGGAUAUUCUAGUAGCCCGGAAAGUGAAAAAAGAAAAUUUGAUUGACGGUGCAAAAGAAAUGAAUUUGAAUUGUGAAUCAGUCAAAAAAAAUAAAAAAAGGAGAAUUACAAAAAAGUCUGACCAUCAAAACAGACCCAAAGCACAAAGUAAUACAGUUCAAAGUGACAGCAUCUCCGCGCAUAAAUCACGUGGAAAAAAAUUUGCUCAAAAAAGUAAACUCAAAGUCGAUUCGUUGCAUAAUAAAAAUACUUUUGAAUGUAAUACAUGCAAAAAGACAUUUGCACAAAUCGUGAGUCUCAGAAGGCACUUGAGUAGAACACAUAAUGGAGCCAGUCAUGCAUGCGAUAGAUGUGAUAAGACAUUUAAACGAAAAGAUCACCUCAAAAACCAUAUUGAUGCGAUACACAAUGGUAAGAGUAAGAGACUUAAAUGCAAAAAGUGCGGAAAAAAAUUUAGAACUAAGAAUGUUCUCUGUGCUCACAUCAGACAAGUGCAUAGUGAAAUCCGUCUUAAAUGUGAUAUAUGCGAAAAGAUAUUCGCCUGUAAAAAUUAUCUCAGAGACCACAUUGUUUCGAAGCAUAGUGGAAUCAAAUUUUCAUGCGAUACAUGCAGUCAGGAAUUCUCUACAAAGUCAAACCUCAAAAGACACGUCGACGCUCAACAUAAAAAAAACUCUCAUACGUGUGGUGCAUGCGGACAGAUAUACAAAUACAAAAUAAGUCUUCAUAAUCACAUGAGGCGGACACAUAAAGAUGUCACGCAUCAGUGCGAUACAAUCGGUCAAAGCAUUGCAUAGUGAUAUCACCUAUAACUAUAAAUGUGGAAAGACAUUUCAAAUACCGGGUCUAGCUACAACAUCACAUUGAUUUGUUGCAUAAAAAAUUACUUAUGCAUGUGAUGUAUUUGAAAAGAUAUUCGCUCAACGAGGUAAUUGUAGCGUCACACAGUAAUGUCACCUAUUCAUAUGAUAUAAAUGUGGAAAGAUAUUUCCACGAAUUUUAUACGAUAGGACAAACUCAAAACCCGCGAAAAUUCGAUACAUAAUGAUAUCAUCCACGCCAGUGAUACUCUUAAAAUUAAAAAAAUUAAUUUUAAGAGUAAUCUUAAUGCUCACCAUGACUGAAUAAAAGUACGAAC